UUGUCACUGUUGUCAGUUCAAGUAGUUGUGUGACGUUAAAGUCCUGGAAUAUUUUUUGUACCGACCCGAAUCGAGUUGAACAUUCUCGCAUCCAUUCGUGCACGAAUGUUGGGUGAAGACAUGAAUUAAAAAGAAGUGCAUCUUCAAUAUUGAUACCAUAGUUGAUUUGGUGUUCUAUCAAUAGUGUGAAACACGGCAGAGCUCAUAAUGCCAAUAGCUAUCUUGGACAGAAUACCUUUUCCAAAUUUGAGGGCCUACACCUCUGGAAGUGUUUUAGCCCUUUCGGCAUGUGUGUUUUAUGCUACCCAGAUAAUAAAAGAUCCUAAUUGGGAAAGUGUUAGUGAUGACAUUGGAUCGAAUGCCCAAAUUGGGUUCAAUACGACAAAUUCUUCUGAUCCUGACGGGAGAACGAUGAGAAAAUAUAUGGGUGAUAUUUUUACUGUGCUGGUUCGAGAGCCUAUUUGUGUUUGGACUAUGAUCAAUAUGGCGUUCUGCUGGUUAAUAUUGAUCGGAACGGCCAUCCAGAAAUUGGUGUUCGGCGAACUUCGCGUAUCCGAGCAGCAACACCUGAAGGACAAAUUUUGGAACUUUAUUUUUUACAAGUUCAUCUUCGUGUUCGGCAUCAUAAACGUCCAGUAUAUAGACGAAGUCCUUCUUUGGUGUUCCUGGUUUGCCUUUCUUGGAUUUCUGCACUUGCUGUCGCAGCUCAGUAACGAUAGAUUCGAAUAUCUCUCGUUCUCGCCAACUACGCCAGUUUGGAGCCAUGUGAAACUACUGGUGUUAUUAGGAGUAAUAUUUGCUCUAUCUGGAUUCAUGUUACUUGUAGCUGUGUUCGUUGGGUUCUUUGGAGGCAUCAACACAUUCGCCUUCAUGUCAGCAGAAGUUAUUUUACUCAGUGUGCGAACCCUUCAUAUAAUCAUCAAGUACGCCCUCCAUCUCUACGACAUGCGUCACGAAAAUGCCCUUCCAAUAGUACCCAACGAGGAAAGUAAGGUUUGGGAACGAAGAGGUCCAGUCAUCUACUACACUGAAUUGAGUUUCGAGAUGAUCGCCUUAGUCAUCGAUUUCGUGCAUCACUUGCACAUGCUGAUUUGGAGCAACAUUUUCUUGUCUAUGGCCAGCCUUGUCAUAUGCAUGCAGAUGAGGUAUCUGUUCCAAGAAAUUCAAAGGAAGUACAAGAAGCACAGGAAUUAUGUAUGGGUCAGGAACCAUCUAGAAUUGAAUUAUCCCAUGGCUACUUCUGCUGAGUUGACCGAAAAUUCCGACAACUGUGCAGUCUGUUGGGAGAAAAUGGAGAGUGCACGUAAACUUCCUUGUGGUCAUCUAUUUCACAACACUUGUCUUCUAUCUUGGCUCGAACAAGAUACAACUUGUCCGACAUGCCGUAUGGCAUUGAACAUACAAAAUCCUGCGGUCGCAAGGAUAGAAUCGCCUGAUUUACAAAUGGAUCCACCACAGAUUGUGAGAAGACAGUUGAAUCAUUUUUUUCAUUUCGAUGGGUCGAGGUAUGUUUCUUGGUUACCAAGCUUUUCUGUGGAAGUGAGUCACGCACAGCUCGUCCGACAAGAAACAAUGGCUUCUAACUCACAACUGGAUGCUAUGGCAAGACAGGUUCAAGAGUUAUUUCCAAAUAUGCCAAUGUCUGUUAUAACGGAAGAUUUGAGGAGCACCAGAUCAGUCGAACAGACUGUUGAAAACGUUCUCGAUGGGAGACUCGUGGCUCCUCCUAUAUUUAGGGAACCGGAAACGAUAUCUGUCAGAAGACCCACGGGAAUGAUACAUCCUUCAACUUUCUCCAACGAGGAUAUCAGUACGAAGAACUGGGAGGAAUAUACUGCAGAGACAGUUGAGAACGAUGAUACAUCGAGUUUAGGAAGCAGAUUCUCCAAGUCGUCACAGGAAAGGGAAAAGAUCCUACAAAAACGCAAAGAAAACCUUAUUCACAGGGCGAGGAAAAGGUACAUUGAAAAACGUAGAUCAACCCUGAGCCCUCAUUCAGAUUUGCAAAGUUGAAUAGUGAUUGAUUCGAUACAUGCGGAUAACUUUGUUGAGAGUAGAACGGGAGAUUGCCGUCGACUAGAAUGCGAUAGUUUUAUUGUACAAAAAUGGCUGCUGAAAAAAAAAAUGGGGUUUUUGAUAAAUUUUUUCGAAACCCAUUUGAUUCAAUAAAUAUUGAAAUUUUCAACUAUAGGCUCAAACUUUGUGUUAUUGAUGUUGAUUCGAAGUUAUGAGUUAUGAUUUAUGAGAUAAAUGAAAAACAUUGGUUGGAAGUUCGUCUUAGGGCCGGUUUAUUCAUUCUCUCCAUAAAUUGUUCGUUAAAUUUCGCUUGUCGAAUUUGAUGUUCAAAUUCAAGAAACGAAAGAUAACGAACAAUUCAUAGAGGGAAUGAAUAAACCGGCCCUCAGUCACUCAAAUUUGGAAUCUUUAUCCAAUUCUACAGAGAUAUUUCGAUUUCAUAUUGAUUAUGUUGUAGAGAUUUAAUGAAUUUUUUUUUUAUUUCGACUGUAACUGGCUGGAAUGGCCUUUUUUUUUCUCCACAUACAAAACGUGAGCGAUCUUCUUACCCAAACAUCACAUGCAGUAUAAACAUUGCCAAAUGUGAUUAUUAGUUUUUAGGAUACUAAACUAAUCCAAGGUUAUUAUAUUCAUUCAAGAAUUGUUUAGAGUGAGAUAAAGCAUUACUAUUUUUAUUUUACUUCUUAUCAGACGUGUUGCUUAUUCAAUGACAAGUAAAAUUAUAUUUUACUCAAAGAUAUUGCUUCAUCUUUAUAGUUCGUAUUGUGUAGGCAACAUUUAUAAGCCUCUAUAUAGUGUGAUGAAAAGUAACGCACAAAAUUCAUAUCUUCUUUAUUUAAUAUUUUGUAGAAAAAUGCUCGAACAAAUCAGCUAUAUUUUAGUCCAGCGAACACCACAAGUCGUCCUGUCAUAUACCAUACAGGGUGAGUCAACAGUGCUAGAACGGUAUAAUGCGGGCUAACUUUAGGGCGAUCUAAAAAAUUGCAGAAGACUCGAAAACUUCGAUAUCCAAUAAAAAAAUACUUUUCAUGAUGCAAUAAAACCAUCAUAAUCAUGAAAUUUGUCAGAAAAGGAGGCCUACGUCAAAAAGGCACACAAUUAUAUGGGGUAUUUCCAAAUAAGAAUUGCAUAUAGGUUCAGAACAUGACAUGAAAAUUGGAUAUUAUCAUUUGAAAGCAAAAAUAAUUUCAUCUUAUGUGCUGGUUUGAAUCUCAGUCCAAAAUCUCUAAGAGUCAACAAACCAUCUGUUGACUCACCCUGUACAAUUCGGUAUCAGAUCAUCUUUGAAUUUUGAGUGGAAUUUUGAGCUUGAUGUUUUAAUAUAAGAAUUAGCAAUGUGGAUAAUCCUGCCUAGAGAGCAUUUUCGUUUGACAUUUCCUUUCGAAACUUACGUUGAGUAUUUAAGAAUUUCAAAUCGUCGCAAUCCUUAAAUGUCGCUUGAAAUUGUUGUUCUUAUAUGUGGAAAAAAUUCCGAGUAACAAUCCUAUAGCUCGACUGUAACGCCACCUACCGGACUCGAUUAUGUAUCUACCUAGAUACCUCACACAACAAUUAAUUGAAAUCAUCCCAGUGGAUUUAGAACAAUAAAGAAUAAAGAUUAUCGAGUUCAAUGUUUCAUAAGUCGACUUCAACGCCACCUAUCGAGCUCCUACGUCCGGUUUCAU